AUGUACAGACAGGUGCUAGUGGAUCCGGCCCAAACGAGUUUACAGAAAAUUCUUUGGAGAAACAAUCCUGAAGACGAGGUCGGCACUUACGAGCUGUUAACGAUAACAUACGGGACGUCUGCAGCCUUAUUUCUAGCCACAAGAUGUCUCAUCCAUUUAGCGGAGCAACACUCCGCUGAAUUUCCUCUUAGAUCGCCUUGCGUCAAACGUGAUUUCUACGUCGAUGACUUGCUCACCGGGGCCGACUCCAUUCGCGAGCUUGAACAGAUUCGAGAUGAGGUCAUACGACUUUUGCGGGCAGGAUCCUUUGAGCUUAGCAAAUGGGCGUCAAACUGCCCUCAAUUGUUAGAAUCCCUACGGAAGCAUAACGGUGAAUUGAUUAGUUUAAACAGCGACGAUUCUUCUGUUCUGGGCAUUAGGUGGAGUCAAUCCCAGGACAUGCUUCUAUUUUCAUGCGAGCUCGAGCCCACGUGCAACGUCGUAUCCAAGCGGGUAAUCUUAUCCGAAAUAUCUCGGUGUUUCGAUCCAUUGGGACUAUUAGGCCCCACGAUCGUCAUUGCCAAGCUGAUACUACAGGAACUCUGGCAAUCCGGCGUCCACUGGGAUGAGUCAGUCCCACAAAACCUCCAUGCGCGAUGGCUAAAGCUCAGAGCUCAGUUAUUCGACCUGAACCAAAUACGCAUCCCCCGGGGAGUGAGGCUCAAUUCGGACCUCCACUUCAUACAGUUGCACGGCUUCUGCGACGCUAGCCAAAGCGCGUACGGAGCUUGUAUAUAUGUUCGCACCGAGUCAAGUUCCGGGGAGUACCAUUCCGAGUUGUUAUGCUCAAAAUCUCGUGUGGCCCCUAUUAAGGCCACGUCGUUGUCCAGACUCGAGUUGUCGGCGGCCUUGCUAUGGUCGGUCUUUGUGGCCAAUAGAAUCGGCGAAAUCCAACGUCUUACUAAAAUCGAGGAAUGGCGUCAUGUUAGUUCGCCGGACAAUCCUGCCGACAUUCUUUCUCGCGGACUAGAUCCGCACAACUUAAGCAACUCGGCCCUGUGGUGGCACGGGCCCCCUUUCUUGCGGUUACGCGAUGAUCUGUGGCCCAGCGAUGCCUUCGCAAAAUUGAACGAAGAUAUACCAGAGCAGAGGAAAGCGGUAGUCGCCACUGCCGCCGAGGUCAAGCAUUCCGUGAUCAAUGAUCUCUUAAACAAAUUCUCUAAAUUGAAUAAGACAUGUCGAAUCGUAGCUUACUGUCUACGAUUCUCCAAGGCUCAUCGUGCCAGGGCGUCGGGCAAAUUCAUAUCUCCCGAUGAGUUCUCACGCUCUUUGAAGGCGCAUUUAGACGUUUCAUAUCCCGAAGGGGAAAACCCGCCCACGUGUUCUCGGACAACGGAACCAACUUCGUGGGCGCUAACAGACAGCUCAAAGAGCUGCAUACAGUUGCUGCCCAAUCAGCUCGUCCUCGUAAGACAGCCGAAUCUAGCGCCAUUGCAAUGGCUUCUGGGUCGCGUGCAGGAAACUCACCCAGGCGCUGACGGCGUAGCUCGAACGGCCACGCUUCAGACUUCCAAAGGCUCGAUCACGAGACCCUUAACCAAAUUAGCGAUUUUACCGCUUGAAACCUAG